AUGCCUCUCCUUAGUCACUGGGCUAUGAUUGUGCUGCUGAUUUUCUUGUGCAUCUCAAGUGAAGGCCACCUUACCCUCAGCAGUAUGUUGCGCAGUUUCUUGAACAAUUAUGACCAUGAGAAUACUGACUUUUCUCGAGCUUCAACUGCUAGUAAUCAAUUCACUGAGAUCACGAGAGCACCUAAUGGCCCAGGUUCAAACAAGUUUCCUGCUAUUGCUCCUACUGUGCUGGCUGGCGUCCCCUCAUAUGGAAAAGCAGGGAGCUCCAAUACCAGCAUCAAUAUCACCUCUGGAGGAUUGAGCAGUAACUUAACGCCUAGUGUUACUACAGAGGCUAUACCUGUUACCAUCAAGUCAGGUAACAGCACUGUUACGUCUCUCAACAUCACUUCAACGAGCAGUCAUAUUUCUCCUAGUUCUGGAAAUUCCACUGCUACGAACACGACAGCUCUAAGCAUCACGCUUUCAUCAGACACCGAGCUCACUACGACGGUAAUCCCAGCUCUGACGACUUCAAUGGAUGCCAGCCCAAGCACGGAGAUCUCAACAGUGAGUACAUCUUUCGGCCAGCAAAGUGGGACAUCAGUGUCCACUUCUGCAACUCGUUCUAGCGCUAGCAAUCCGAUAGUGACCACUCCCUCUGGUCCGCUAAGUGAGGUUUCAGUGUCCUCAGAAAAAACCUCGCCAGCUGCUGCUUCAACUCCGACGACUUCUACUAGUCAGAUUGGCGAGACAGCGAUGACUGCUUCGCCCACUUCCUCGGCUAUAGAAAGUUCAACGAAAGCUCCUGACCUUACGAUGUACACAAACUUCCCACCUGUUAGCACUGGAGAAGUACCAAGCGUUACCACGGAUGGGCAUAUUGAGACUACUGGGUCUGACCAUAAACCAGCACGGGUUUCUGUUUUGAAUCCACAUUGCUUUUUCUGCCCUCCAGCUAUCGAGUUUGGUGUCGCCUUGUUCGGACUCUUGCCUGGGAUUUAUCCCCCAGGGCCACCGCCACUUCCGGGGUUCAAAAGCCCCUUUCCAGCACUUACUAUUGGCAACAAUGGUGAUCCAACCUAUUCUUCUCCAACGCCCACAGACCAAAUUACUCCUUCCUCGGAAGCAGACAGUACAAAGUCUAAUUCAUCACCAAACACUGAGACAGAUUUAUCGUCAACAACCGACGAUACAAGAUCCGUUGUUCAUCAACAAAGUAUCAACCUCAUCCUCAAGCUGCAAGGGCACAACAACGGCUUCGUCAUGCUCACAACUCAGUCCUGCCCUACUUUCAGGCCAUUACAUUAUGUUGAACCAGAUGAUGAUGGUAUAGAGCCGAUACCAGGAACUUCGGAGGAGACCUUGGCUACAGCCAAACGAUGGCGACGUCGGACUUCCCUUACCAAGCGAGCCAGCUCCAGAAGGAUAAACUUUAGCAGGGAGAAUCCAAAAUGCCUGGUAGUGGAUGAAGUGAAAACUUUGACGGUUCCUGAUCCUGGGAAUCUGCCUGGCUUCCCUGCAGCCAAGUAUUGGUUCGUCACCGCGAAGGCCUCCGCGAACAACAGAACUUACAUCGGCACGUACAACGGCACCCACCACGGCACCUACAAUGGUACUUAUAGCGGAACGCACGACAGUGGCUAUGAUGGCGAAUACAAUGGCACAUACUAUAAUGCUACAGACAAUGGGCCAUACAGAGGUACGUACCGCGGCACGUAUAAUGUCUCAGCUUGUGGCCCCUGGAGAAUGAAUAAGGCACCUUCGGCAGUGAAUGAGAAUAUGAAGGAUGCCUUUGGCAAGAUGUAUGUCGACGCCAAUAGGAAAAAGCAAACACCAGAGUUUCUGCGUACGCACAGUUUCGUCAAUGUCGACCACGCCUUUGAGAUCAAAUCCUUCUGGAACCAGCAUAACGAUGGCUCUAAGGGCGUAGCAAAAGGCAAAGGAGAAAGGGGAAGCUUCUACUACGUUUUGGGUGGGAGGGAUGGCUGGACCCGGUUACAGACCAUUACUGCCCUAUUGCCUGGGACGUGGGCCCCUUUCGCAGAUUUCAUCGGCACAGACGACACCCUUAACACCUGGAAAGGGGAAAUAUUCCAGACCGCCGAACAGCUGACUGUCGAGAAGAUGAAGGUCAAGCAUCUGCAAGACUCAGACUUGCCCUCUGAUUGGAUUGACUUGCUGACAUACGUUGCCGGUGCACUUCAACUCGUUCAUCACCCUGAUGUCGUCGAGGCAUUUCAGAACACGAAAAACCGCCUGUAUCUCGCUUUCAAAGAGAUCGACAAAAUCAAUGACGCUUGCCGAGUUGAGACAUAUGCCGACAAGUUCAAACGAUACAUGGAUGGUCGACUUGAACAGCAGAAACCACGCAUCGAGGGAUUCUACCGUGAAAUCAUCUCUGAAAGAAUCAAGCCAAAUGAACUUGGAGCAGAUGACCCUAUCAAAGUCAAGUGGGAGAUCUUCAACGCCGUUUAUCCAGAAUCAUAUUUUACACUUCAUUACGAAAGUAUGCUUCCUUGGGAAGAGAAGAAUGCAGCCCAGACUGUCCAGAUAAACAAGCGUGAAGAUUCAGACGCAGGGUGUCGUCUAUCAUCAACUGCGACGCGCCAGGAUAGCUCGAGCAUUUCGAUAUCCACAGGAAUAUCUGCCUCGUCCCGCAGCUCCCCUGACACUGCUCCUGUGUCAUCCAUCUCCAUGACUGCCACGUCAUCUCAGUCACAAAUGCGAGCUCCGAGCAGCAUCAGGAUGCUACGAUGCAUGCGACCAAGGAAAAUGCAAAUUACUCCCCGGCAGAGGAUCAACCCGGGGCCAGACCGUCUACGACUGCUUCUGUACGCCCCAGCCUUACCGUUACCCGGCAUAUCGCCCGACUGCAACGACGGCUUCUACGAUACCCAACAAGAAUGCACCGAUAAUUGCGAUGAUGGAGAAUGUAAGCCCACCCCAGGUAUGGGGUCAGACGAAGUCAAGAUUGUGCAAAAUUGCUAUUGCGAGCCACCGUUGCCUUCGCCUACACCAAAGCCAGAACCGCCACCAGCACCAGCACCGAAGUGUGAGUCUGGUAGAAGAUCCAGUGCACGAGCCUGCAGAAAUACCUGUCCCGGUGGGGAAUGUGAGCGGUAUUCUGGUGACACUGACAUAGCCUGGUAUGGAUACACGUGCAAUUGCGGGGGCUGGCUUGACCUUUGGGGGUUAUCGCUUGAUUCAGGCAUUGGGAACGUCACCUUUGGCAAUGUCUCAGCACAUGAUGACUUCUUCUGA